CGGGAGCAAGCUCCUCCAGAGAAAUCAGAGCCAAGCGAGUAGCCCUGCGAGAAGCACCUCAGCUCACCUGCAGACAUGUCCCCCUGCCCCAACAGCUACUCCUCCAUCCACCACCUCAGGAUGUCCGAGAGAGACAACAUAAAACUACGGAAACCCAUAGUGGAGAAAAUGCGCAGGGACCGCAUCAACACCUGCAUCGAGCAGCUCAAGGUCAUCCUGGAGAAGGAGUUCCACAAGCAGGAGCCCAACUCCAAGCUGGAGAAGGCCGACAUCCUGGAGAUGACGGUGAGCUUCCUGAGGCAGCAGCUGCAGUCGGGUCUCUGUCAGAGUUACUCCCGCUGCCUGAGGGACUCGGUUCACUUCCUGUCCGUCGGCUCGGCCACGGAGGCCUCGGCCGGACCUCAGCAGGUCCUGCGGCAGCCGGAGCAGACGCUCCGUCAGACACAGAGAGCCAGCAGCUGCUCCCCGCUCAGGCCCGACACGCAGCCGGACAGCAGCAGCAGCGGCAGCAGCAGAGGCCCGGUGUGGAGGCCGUGGUAGAGAGACUCUCUUGAGACCUGAGGGGAGCCGUUCUCUCCCUCACUAUGUAGGAAAUUUAUUUCCAUCCUGCUCUUUCAGCGUGGGUUCAUUUAUUGUCUCAUCACAUUGAUGGACAAGUAAACGCAAUGUGCUUUCUCUCUUGUUACCUGAUUUGUCUUUCUUCGUGUUAAAAACCCGAGGAUUCAUUCUGAGUGGCAUAGUUGUUUUUGUUGUGAUGUGAAUGUUUUUCCUUUUACUCCGGUGGAGUUUAUCUUGGGUCUGCUUUAUGUAACAGUAUAUGCGUUUCUGCCU